UCUAUCCUUAACUCCAUCCUCCUCACUCCACAAUUUCCAUUCCUCCUUUUCUUCUUUUGUUCUCACAACCGCUGUCUAGACAUUCCAUCUUGUUCUUCUUCUUAAGCUUGACCGUGACAAUUCCAGGGCAAGAUAAUGGCAGAAGUUCAGUUGGGAUCUCACACCGUACAAUCUCAUGGAAUGAAGGUGGCAACGUUCCAUAUCCAUGACUGGAUAAUAUUACUGCUGCUUAUUGGGAUAGAGGUCGUCUUGAAUGUCAUAGAGCCAUUCCAUCGCUUUGUGGGGAGGGACAUGAUGGCUGAUCUGAGAUACCCAGUGAAGAGUAACACAGUUCCAGUUUGGGCAGUUCCAAUGAUUGCCAUUCUCUUGCCAAUUGUAAUAUAUUAUGCAGUCUACUUCAGAAGGAGGGAUGUGUAUGAUUUUCAUCACGCCAUACUGGGUCUUCUCUACUCUGUCUUUAUUACCGCUGUGAUAACUGAUGUCAUUAAAGAUGCAGCAGGCCGACCUCGACCGGACUUCUUUUGGCGCUGUUUUCCUGAUGGCAAGGAGGACUAUGAUAAUUUCACAACGAGUGUGAUAUGCCAUGGAGGAAAAAGUGCGAUCAACGAAGGGCACAAAAGCUUCCCUAGUGGGCAUGCUUCAUGGUGUUUUGCAGGACUAGGAUUUCUUUCAUGGUACCUUGCAGGGAAAAUGCGAGUUUUCGAUGGAAGGGGUCAUGUUGCAAAACUUUGCCUUGUGGUUCUUCCUCUACUCGCAGCAUCCCUCGUGGCAAUCUCUCGAGUGGACGACUACUGGCAUCACUGGCAAGAUGUGGUUGUCGGUGGUUUGAUAGGAUUGGUAAUUGCUUCGUUUUGUUAUCUGCAGUUCUUUCCACCACCAUACGACGCAAAUGGUUGGGGGCCUCAUGCAUAUUUCCAGAUGUUGGCUGAGACACAGAGUGAUGGUCAAGUGCCUAAUGCUGCAAAUCCUCCAGCAGGCUCUGAACCAGCAGCAUAUGCUGCCUACUCUGAACUUCAAGAUGUUGUUGGCACGAGAGCUUCAGAUUUAUCGCGAGACAUUGAAGAAGGUCGCAAAAACUUUAGUCGAGCCGCAUGUUAAAAGAUAUCGAAGUUUUAGAUAGUUUGGAGGACUAGUAAGUUUGGGUAUAGAUAAUUAAGAGAACCUCCAGUUCAUUUAUGUUGUCAAAAAGGUACUUCUAUUUCAUUAGAAAAGAUAACAUGAUUAAGUUAUUAUCAUGUGAUUUUAUAAUCACGGAUUUGAAAAACAACCUCAUCUCAUA